AUGGGUCGAUGGCUAGUGGAUUCCAAUCACAAGGUCGCCGGUUCGAGUCAUACUUGGAUCCUACAGAAAACGUGUUUUACGAUAAAUAAGGAUACCUCCGUCGAAAUUCCGGUCGAAAAUCAAGAUACUACUGGUGAAAUUCCAAUUACUUCCAUAAACAAGUUCGGUAAUUUUCAUCGAAAAUUCCAUUCGGAUAUUGUUAAAUUACCUAAAGAUGAAGUUACUCGAAUAAAUUAUUAUAUGCUUCGGUAA